CUAUUUACCCAAGAUAACUAACUAGGCAAUGGGGAGCUUCAACUCCUGUUCCAGUCGUAGCAGAGGAAGAAGAUCCAAAUUGAAGAAGACAUCGUUCCAGACCAUGAACACCCAUCUUGCAAGUCAUCAUCAAGGCAUAAAGACAGUUGCAGUGGAGCAGCUUUGCAAGUUCUCAAGCAGUUCAUCUCUUUGCAUGAGCAUAGUGACAUGGAACAUGAAUGGGAAGGUCUCAUACCAGGAUCUAGCAGAGCUCGUGGGUGUUGACAGGCAAUUUGAUCUACUCGUGAUUGGUCUGCAAGAAGUCCCACGAUGCGACAUUGGUCGAUUGUUGCAGGCAGAACUAGUUGAAACCCAUAGCCUUCUAGGCAAAGCCAUCAUGCAAUCUCUGCAAUUAUUUGUGUUUGGGCCGAAGGACUCUGACCUCUUAAUUAAAGAAAUCAAGGCUGACAAGCAAGCUCUUGGGGGAUUUGGAGGAUUAAUUAGAAGAAAGAAGGGGGCUGUUGCACUCAGUAUCAGUUUUAAAGGAAUCAAAAUGGUGUUCAUAUCUUGUCAUUUGUCAGCUCAUGCACGUAAUGUAGAAGAGAGGAAUUCUCAAUGCAGGCAUAUAUCACACUCCCUCUUCUCCAAGAACCAAAACCCUUAUGCAAGAGCCUCUCAAAUCACAGUGUGGAUGGGGGAUCUCAACUACAGAAUACAUGGGAUUGACACACUGCCGGCUAGAAAUCUGAUUCAGAAAAACCUUCACAGGCUGCUCACAAGUAAUGAUCAACUCCUUCAAGAAGCUGAACGAGGACAAGUUUUCAGUGGAUAUUCUGAAGGGACACUAGCAUUCAAGCCAACAUACAAAUAUAAUGUUGGGAGUAGCAACUACGAUACAAGUUACAAGGUACGAGUACCAUCAUGGACUGAUAGAAUCUUGUACAAGAUUGAAAAGUUUGGUAACAUUGAGGCUACUUUACACUCUUACCAAUCGAUUGAUGGCAUCCAUAGUUCUGAUCAUAAACCAGUGAAAGCUCAUCUAUGCUUGAAAGUAAACAAACUACCAUCAGCUACCCCUAUUAAAGCAGUUCUGUAAAUACAAAAUAGAAAUUACUUCUCCAUUCUGUUUUUUCCUAGCAGAUGACAUGAAGCUGAGAAUCAAUCCCAGUGCUUCAAAUGAAUCAACACCAUUAGUUUUCUUAUUCACCUGUCCAAUCCAGCCCACUCAGUUAUUUUAUUGAUUUUAGGGAUUUUCCCCCCUUAAAUAUUAUAAAUGUUAUUCAAAAUCAAAUGUAUGAUUCUGUA